AUGGUUGGACUGAGACCCUCUGACAUCCCCCCAACACCAGCUGUCAAAUUCAUUGGUGCAGGCACAGCUGCAUGUAUAGCUGAUCUCUUUACCUUCCCAUUGGACACAGCCAAAGUCAGACUGCAGAUCCAAGGAGAGUCAGCAAUGACUGGAGUAAUGAAUGGCAUCCGCUACAAAGGAGUAUUUGGAACCAUCAGCACCAUCAUCAAGACAGAAGGUCCAAAGAGCCUAUACAAUGGGUUAGUGGCUGGACUGCAGAGACAAAUGAGCUUCGCCUCCAUUCGAAUUGGUCUUUAUGAUACAGUGAAACUCUUCUACACCAACGGGAAAGAGAAAGCAAGCAUCAUCCACAGGAUAAUGGCUGGAUGUACAACAGGGGCACUGGCAGUUACCAUUGCCCAACCAACAGAUGUGGUGAAAGUCAGAUUUCAAGCGCAGGUCAACCUUCAUGGAGUGAAGAAGAGAUACAGCGGUACUCUGAAUGCCUACAAAACCAUUGCCAGGGGAGAAGGAAUGAGAGGUCUUUGGAAAGGAACUCUUCCAAAUGUGACAAGGAACGCAAUCGUCAACUGCACCGAGCUUGUGACCUAUGACCUGAUAAAGGAAGCUUUACUGAACCACAAAUUAAUGACAGAUAACCUUCCUUGCCAUUUUGUGUCUGCAUUUGGAGCUGGCUUCUGCACAACUGUCAUCGCUUCCCCAGUGGAUGUGGUAAAAACCCGAUACAUGAACUCUCCACCUGGACAGUACAAGUCAGCCCUGAACUGUUCAUGGACCAUGCUCACCAAAGAGGGACCAACAGCCUUUUAUAAAGGGUUCGUUCCCUCUUUCUUACGACUGGGCUCAUGGAACAUCGUAAUGUUUGUAUCUUAUGAACAGAUAAAAAGAGCAAUGAUGAUGUCCAGACAAAGAGUAGAGUACGCAGUGUGA